AAUAGUGGCAUUAUAUACAGAAAUGUUUGUCUAGAAUGUUGUGAUUCGUUUAAGGAAAUAUGCUGCGUAAAUAAAUACUGCGUGUUUCGUUCUGCCGAGAGUUUUACUAAACUCUUUUUAUGGGAUUACAGCUGCGUUUAAAGAGCAACAGAUUUGUAUCUCUUUUUUGCGGGGAAAAACUGAAUGGAUUGCCCCGGUGCCUCCGCACGCACCAAAUAAUAGACUAAUUUCCCAUGCAGAUUUUUUUCCCCCCCCUUUUUUUCUGGAAAGGAAAUGUCCGAAAGGCAGACGCAGACAUCAUUAGAGAUUUUAAAGAUACGCACCCGGAGGAUUUUACACAUGUUUUAGCGCUCAGUCGGGAGCGGGGCUGCUGCCGUCCGUCCUCCUCUGCGCUUUUUCGUCGAGCGGGGCAGCGCGCGCGCGCGCCGCUCUCUCCACUCACUGCCCUGUAUCCAGAGGACGGGUCCUUUGUCCGCCCGCGGGGACCUGCUCCACAGCUCGCCGCCACCUCCUAGGACCGCAGGACCGGCUGCUCUUCUCCCUCGAAGAAACAACGUAGUGAUUUAAAAAAAAAAAAAAAAAAUACCAACAAGAACAACAAAUCUAUUCGCCGGGCGGCUUUCGUCCCGCUAACGCCGUCUUGUGAUGCGCAUUCCCGUAGAUCCCAGCACAAGCCGACGGUUCAGUCCCCCGUCCAGCAGCCUACAGCCGGUCCCCGGCAAGAUGAACGAUGUAAACGCGGCGGCGGCGGCGGCAGCGGCGGGGCAGCAGGACGCGGCGGCGGUGGCGAGACUGCGGCCGCACGAGAACCGCACCAUGGUGGAGAUCAUCGCCGACCACCCGGCCGAGCUCGUGCGCACCGACAGCCCCAACUUCUUGUGCUCCGUGCUGCCGUCGCACUGGAGGUGCAACAAGACCCUGCCGGUCGCCUUCAAGGUGGUGGCACUGGGGGAGGUCCCCGAUGGCACCGUAGUCACGGUGAUGGCGGGCAACGACGAGAACUACUCGGCGGAGCUCCGCAACGCGUCAGGGGUCAUGAAGAACCAGGUGGCGCGUUUCAACGACCUGCGCUUCGUGGGCAGGAGCGGCAGAGGCAAGAGUUUCACGUUGACAAUCACAGUAUUCACAAACCCACCCCAAGUGGCUACGUACCACCGAGCCAUAAAGGUCACAGUGGAUGGGCCACGUGAGCCAAGAAGACACAGACAGAAGUUGGAGGACCCUCCAAAGCCGGGCUUGUUCUCCGAUCGCCUGAGUGAGCUGGAGCGAAUCCGACAGACCACCAUGAGGGUCACUGUGCCAACGCAAAGCCCCCGUCCGUCUCUCAACACAGGGCCAAACUCCUUCAAUCAACAGGGGCAGGCCCAGAUAUCUGAUCCACGCCAGUCCCAGUCCUCGCCCCCCUGGUCAUAUGAGCAGCCAUACACACCCUAUCUGAGCCAGAUGACCUCACCCUCUAUCCACUCCACCACACCACUGUCCUCCACACGGGCCACCGGGCUCCCUGCCAUCAGCGAUGUGCCCAGGCGGCUCUCAGGUGCCUCAGAUCUGAGUCCAUUCUCUGACCCCCGGCAAUUUGAACGGCAGUUUCCUGGCCUCGACCCCAUCGCCGCGAGUCGCUUCUCGAGCCCACGGAUGCACUAUCCCGCCACUUUCACCUACACACCAACACCUGUCACUUCGGGCAUGUCUUUGGGCAGUGCCCACUACCACACAUACCUGCCCCCACCUUAUCCUGGAUCUACCCAAAACCAAAGUGGACCCUUCCAAACCAGCAGUACUCCUUAUCUCUAUUAUGGUGCCUCUUCUGGGUCAUACCAGUUCUCCAUGGUUCCAGGAGGGGACCGUUCCCCAUCUCGAAUGCUCCCACCUUGCACUAGUGCCUCCACCGGAAGCUCCCUGAUCAACCCCAACCUCCCCAGUCAGAGCGAUGUGGUGGAUGCUGAUGGGAGCCACAGCAGUUCCCCUACUGUGCUGAACUCCAGUGGGCGCAUGGAUGAGUCUGUGUGGCGACCAUAUUGACGAUCCAGGAUGAAAGUCACCGCAGAGCCUUUUGCUCAACAGAAGCACCAUGAGAUGCACCAUGAGCUGUCAGAAUAGCAUCGACGUUAUGGUUUUUAAAGCACAAACCCUAUUGUGGAUCUUUUGUAGUUUUGCAUUAAAUUUUAAUUAGGAUUUUCAUAGAAACUCAUGGAUAUAUUUCUCUUGAAUAUUUAUUGAGCAUAAUUCAAGAUAGUCUCAGAGGUAAAUGGAAGACCUUAUCAGAAUAAAGGUUUCCUGCUAAACGAAGGUAUUGCUUUAAUAUUUUUGACAGUCCACUGUGGAAUUGGUAACAACCAAAUGGACUAAUGAAUGAACUUGUGAAAAUAAUAGCUUCAGUUUGUAUUGCUUUUAACAUGUAUUUUUACAAGGCUGAUCGCUGAGCAAUGUAUGUAUGUAUGUAUGUAUGUAUGUAUGUAUACUGAUUACGUGGCUACAACUUUAGCACUGAAUGACAGGUCGCUUUUCUAUAUUGUAUGUAUGUGUGCAUGUAUGUGCAUACACAAAUGCAUUUCUAUUUUACCACAUUUGUGUGUGCAUUCCAGUGUGUUUUAUGUGUAUGAAUGUUGCAUUCAUCACUGACUUGUACGUACAUAUGUAUGUGUUUCUUAGAAUGUUAUAUUUAAUGGU